AUGGCCUCAACGGACAUCAGAGGGAUUUUGACCGCUUUCAAUCCUACUCUCGACUUCUUCGCUAUCACCGCUGGGGACGGCCGCGUUAAGAUAUGGGACACGCUGAGUGGCCAGGUGCACACCGAGUUCGCAGAUAUUGCGUCAACUCAUUCAACAACUACCUUACAGCACAAGUCCAUUAACGGGCAUCUUGCGCUUGAUUAUACCUGCAUCAAGUGGUUCUCCCUCGAAAGAAAGAGGAAACGGAAGCAUGUAUCCUCGUUGUUAGUACUUGGAACUGGUAGUGGUGAUGUUUUGGCACUUGAUGUUGCUGCUGGUCAGUUGAGUUGGAGAAUUACUGAUUGUCAUCCUGGAGGUGUGAGAGCCAUUGCAUCUUCAGCAAACGUGUCAAGCAUUUUUACAGCUGGUGCAGAUGGGAUGGUAUGUGUGAUAGAUUUCAUGACAGGAAACCUGUUAGAGAAAUUUAAAGCUUCUACCAAGGCAAUAUCCUGCAUGUGUAUUUCUCCAGGGAGGCCAUCUGCUCUCAAAGUUAAUGGGAAGACAUUAGCUACUGCAGCUUCACAAUUGAAGAUUUUUAACUGCUCUAAUCACAAAAAGAUUCAAAAGUUCGCUGGUCAUCCUGGUUCUGUUCGAUGCAUGGUUUUCACGGAAGAUGGCAAGUAUAUUUUCUCAUCUGCUGUUGGUGAAAGAUAUGUUGCUGUUUGGAGGUUAGAUGGUGCUAAAAAGCAGUCAGCUUGUUGUGUUCUCGCGAUGGAGCAUCCUGCUGUAUUUCUUGAUAGCAGGUGCAUUGAUAGUGGGGAGCAUGACAUGACUAGUAUAUGUGUUUUGGCCAUUUCAGAAAUUGGCAUUUGUUAUUUAUGGUUUGGUAAUAGUAUUGAAGAAUUGCGUAGUGCAAAAGCCACAAAAAUAUCAUUAUCUUUAGAGGACAUGCCCAUGAGGAAUUACAAAGGAGCUUUGCCAUCAAUAUAUGCUGCAAAAUUACAAGGCAUCCAGAAGGCAGCCUCUGGGCAAGUUUUCCUUGUUUAUGGGUUACUUGUGAAACCAUCAUUUAAAAAAAUUCUAGUGCAUUCUGGUACAGAUGUAAAGUUGAAUGUCUCUCAUGAUGGUUUUCUUCUGCCAACAAGUCAAGCUCUUGUCAAAUCUAGGAAGGGGACAAAUGCACAAACAGUUACUGCACUUGACCGAGCAAAUGCUGAGGAUGCAUUGCUUCCAAUUCCUAAGGUUUUUGAUUCCCAUGAGCACGAGAAAGAGAAAGCACUUCAAAAAUCUUUGGCCAAAGAUGUAGAUGAUGAUUUGUGCAGAAGUAGUAAUGAUGAUUCUGUUGUGAUGGAAGAUGAUAUGGCCCAAAGUGAGACUGAUGGCCUUUGCAUGGAGGACCUGCUAAGAUCACUAGGGAUGCUUUCCAGUGAAAGUGACUAUGAAUCAAACAUUGAACUUUGCUCUAAGUUGUUGAAGGGUAUUGAUCUGGAAGCUACUAUUCCAGCCAAAAAAAUAAGAGCAGCUGUUUUGUCUGUGGAGCCAAGGGAAGCAUUCAUCCUACUGAAAGCAUUACUGGCUGCAUGGGAAUCAAGGUCAUCUAGUGGAAAGUAUAUUCUUCCAUGGAUAUACGGCAUAUUAGUGAAUCAUGCUCACAAUGUCAUUGCUGAGAAAUCCGAUACGCACACACUUGAUUCCUUAGACAAGGAAUUUGAAUUGUUUUCUGCCACUUUUCAGAUCACAAAUUCUAGAGCGGAAACACUUCAGCCUUUAUUACAAUUAUCAGGUCGUCUGCAACUGGUGACAUCACAGAUUGACAAGGCCUCUCAGACUCUAGGCCAUCCGGUGCAUGAACUCCAAACGGAAGAAAGUGAAGAUGAAGAAGAAGAUGAAUAUUAUCAUGAGGGAGAUGAUACUUCCGAAAUAACUAUGUGUCACAUACAUGGAUGGGGAUGGAUCUUGUUGAAAUACGGGUCCAUCAUCGUAUCUGUGCCAGUGUCCGGCAUGGUUGUGGCCAGAACUGAAUCUGUUAGCGUAGUUAGACAAAUGGUGUGUAUGGGUGAUGGUGCUGCAUCAGGUGGUGGCUGUUGGGGCGGUGAUUCCAAUGGACGGCUUGCUUGUGGUGGCUCUGGUUGUAUUGCAUCAAGGGUUGUUGCAUUUCUUUUUGGUUCUGGUUCUGUUUGUUUAGAUGGUGUUAGUUCAAUACUAGAGCAAAUUGUGGCAUUCUUCUUUGUCUUCUUAAUUGCUUUGACAACUUGUUCUGGAUCUGCCCACCCAACAAUUUGCCUUUUUGAUCUUCUGUACGCAACCCUUGCAGUCCACUCGGACCUGUAUCUGUGUGACACGAGGAAGUGGAUUAUGGAUGGAGAACGUGUGAAUGGAAUCUGUCUGUACAUGCCUCGCACGGGCAAGGAAUAUGCUAAAGGCAAGAGAUGUGGGAAAUGCAAGGAAUCAUUUUGUUUUAGCGGCCAAGGGGAGAGAGAUAAUUGUUAUCGUUGUUUGAUAGGUCCUCGGAAGAGGGGUGAUGAUUCAGGAAAGAAUUCGCAGAUUCUCCGUGGACAUUGA